ACAAUUUUCAGUUACGCAAUCAAAGACCUUUAUUAAUUCUUUCAUUCCCUCAAACAUUCAUUUUGUUCAUACAAUUGUCGUGUUUAUUUUCUUUAGUCAACCUUCUUAGAAACUCUAACAAAAACUAAAUACACUUCCUUCAAUAUAUUCUUUCACAUGCUGAAACAACAACCUGCUUAACAAUUCCUCACAUAAUGUAUCCAAAGGUGAAAGUUAGGGUUGUAGAGCAGGAUGAUGAAUUUAAUAGCCCCAGAAGUCCACUGCAGGGUUUUAAUUCUCUCUCCAUUCGAGAUUCUACUCCUCCUGUAAAAGGAGUUAAACAUUGCUCAUCAGUAUCAGUUGCUAAGGUACCAAGGUCAUACAUCCCAAGAUCAAUUACUCCACCCCCUUCUUUGCCAAAACCUGCAAAGAAGAGUGACACAGAAGAAGAUGACAUUAAACCUCAUAUCAGAGCUAGUUCAAUCCCAAGACCACGUGCUGUCAUUUCUAGCCCUGAUAAUGACCAAAUCUUGGGAAGUAAGUACCAAAAGAGGUCUCAGAGCAGACAAUUGGAAGGAAAGUGCACUCGAAUGAGCCAUACAUCAGCUUUGAAAAAUUACAACUUGCCUCAAAGACGGCAAACUGGAGGAAAGUGCACUCAAACGAGUACGACAUCAACUUUAAAAACCCACAACCAGGCACAGAACAGACAAUCAGAUGGAAGGUAUGGGGUAAUAAGUACCACAUCAACCUUAAAAGCUCACAACUUAGCUCAGACCAAACAAUCAGAAGGAAAGUGCACUCAAAUGAGUACACGCUCUAAGAAACCCUUAAAUAGAGGGGAGUAUAAGGAAAUGACUACUAUCAGUGAUAUGAAAGCAGAGGAAGGGUCAGCUAUACAAGUAAGGGUUCCAGUAGCAAACAUUACUAAAGCAAAACCUUGCUUUAUGAUAACAUAAUUAUCUAUGUUGUAUGAAGGUAGGUUUAUAUGGUAUUUGAGUUUAGCCCAUGAAACUGAGACAUUAAAGUCGGCUCAUGAGCAAGAAUGUUGUAUAUUGCUCUGUAACGACUUAUUAUGAUAUACUACUAGUUUACUACUAACACAACCAAUGAGGUCUUGACCAAGUGACAAAGACUGAGGGCUUGUGUACAAUGGUUAUAGAUUUGAAGCUUCACCCCA